AUGUCUCUCUGGACAAACUACCAAUCGCUCCCCACCACGCAGUGGGCCCAUGUAUUUAGAACCCGGGGUGACACUAUCGAACUCAAAGAGAUCCCAGUUGGGAACCCAGGCCCCGAUGAAGUGCUGGUCCAAAUGGAAUACUCCGGAGUCUGCCACACAGACCUCCAUGCCUGGAAAGGGGACUUUCCUGCUACCCCAAAAAGCAAUCUCGUCGGCGGGCACGAGGGUGUUGGAUUGGUUGCCGCCGUCGGCUCGCAGGUGAACGGCCUUCGCAUUGGAGACACCGUCGGAAUACAGUGGAUUAACAGAACUUGCGGCGUGUGCGAGUUCUGCUCUACCGGGAGACAGCCAAUCUGUCCUGAGCUUCAGUUGUCGGGGUAUAUGGUCGAUGGGACCUUCCAACAGUAUUGUAUUUGCAAGGCUGACAAUGCAGUGCGCAUUCCGUCCGGCAUUUCGCUAGAGGCUGCUGCUCCGGUUCUUUGUGCCGGAAUUACCGUAUACAAGGCUCUCAAGGAAAGUGAAGUCCGACCAGGAGAGAUAAUCGCCAUUGUUGGCGCUGGCGGAGGAUUGGGAUCCUUGGCUUGUCAAUAUGCCAAGGCAUGCGGACACAAGGUCCUUGCUUUGUCUUCUGGGGCCGCUAAGAGGCAAAUGUGUUUAUACGAUCUUGGAGCGGAUUACUUCGUCGAUUACAAGUCGCCGGACGUCGCAGAGGAGGUGAAGCGCGUCACCGGGGGCGGACCGCAUGCUGCGAUGAUAGUCUCAUCCGUGGAAGAGCCGUUCCACCAGGCUACACAGUACAUUCGCCCUGGCGGAACAAUCGUGGCUGUCGGUCUCCCUCCUGGAAAGAUCUGCACCGAUCUUUUCCAUAUGGUUACACAGAGAAUCAACAUCAAAGGUUCCUACGUGGGGAACAGAGAUGAAACGGAGGAAGCACUUGCUAUCAUCAUCAAGGCCGGUAUUAGCGUUCAGUACGAAGUUGUGGAUUUCUCUGAACUUCCAAACAUCUACGAUCAGAUGGAAAAAGCUACGUUCAACUCCGUGCUGAAGAUUGGGAAGACGCUCACAAGGGGCCAUGAGCACCAGUCGAGUCUCUGCAGAGACUUACAUUUCUCGCCAAAGCAGACAAAUGGCAUGAAUGGAUUUACAGCCAAGAGUGCCAUAUCAGGGGCCCUUGAACGAGCCAUUGAGCGGGCCGGAAAAGAUUUCCGGUCUGAUACUGUGACCGUUCCUACUGAGGCCGUGAUGGAGGCCAUUGUGAAUGCCUCGACCUUUGGGGAUGACAUCUACGACGAGGAAGGAGAUGCAACACUGAAUGAUUUCCAGGACAAGAUCAAAGCACUGACCGGCAAGGAGGCAGCGCUCUUCGUCGUAUCCGGCACCCAAGGCAACCAGAUCUGUCUGCGCACUCAUCUGCACCAGCCGCCGCAUACGAUUCUUCUUGACUACCGUGCGCACGUCCAAAUCUGGGAGACUGGUGCAAUCCCCGUUUUGUCCCAGGCGACAGUGACGAGCGUUGAGCCGAAGAACGGUGUCCACUUGACCCUGGACGAUGUGAAGGAUCGGAUCAUCGAGGAAGGAAAUUUCCACUUCCCCCCUACCCGAGUUGUCUCCCUCGAAAACACCCUGAGUGGUUCGAUCCUCCCGUUGAAACACGCCAGAGAAAUUUCGAACUACGUCCGCAGGGUUCGUGUGCCGCCAGGCCGGACCCCCAUCGCCAUGCAUCUUGAUGGAGCCCGGUUGCUGGAAGGUAUAACUGCAGAGGGCGUCUCCGCCCGCGAAUACCUUGACUGUUUUGACAGUGCCAGCAUCUGUAUUUCCAAGGGUUGUGGUGCUCCAAUGGGCAGUGUUAUUGUUGGUACUCGUGAGUUCAUCGACCGCGCCAAGUGGUUCCGGAAGAUGUUCGGAGGCGCAACUCGACAGACUGGAAUGAUGGCUGCUGCUGCCACCGCUGCGAUGGAGCACACUUUGCCCCUACUCCCGAAAGUGCAUGCCCUCACACGGCGCGUGGCCGACUAUCUCCAUCGGAUCGGGUACGAGUUCCUCAUGCCAGUGGACACUAACAUGAUAGUUCUCGAUUUGAAGAAAACGGGCAUUACGGGAGAUGAUAUUGUGUUCUACUGCAAGCAGCAGGGUUUGUUGGUAUUCCCUAACGGGCGACUGGCCUUCCACCACCAGAUAUCGGACGAUGGGGUUGCUCGGCUUCAGAGGGCUUUGUUGGAAUUGAUCACGGAUAAAAAGAGAUUCUAA